AAAAGGAAAACUGAAAGGGAAAGCCGAGAAAUUCAAACUUUGGAAGGAAAGAAAUUUAAGGCGGAGGGAUGAAGGAGUCCUUGCAACGCAUUAAUGUUAUGUUUGCAAUCUUGUGGAGGAAGAGGAAAAGAAAGAACCGCUGAGGCUGAAAAUGACGUUAUGACCGAGAAAGAUUAUCCGUUUCUAGAUUCUAGACUUCUGAGAACAAGCACAAGCCCAUAAUUUACGGGGAUUCAGAGUUGGGUUUCUUUUAGCUUCUCUUAUUGGUCUUUGCAGAGUCUCUCAUUUGACUUCCCUAUAGACUCUGAUUUCUUCAUCAAUUUCGCUGUUCUUUGGCUUGCUCUUUGGAAUUUUGUUGAAUCUUCGUUUUGAAAGGGAAGCGGUGCUUGAAGGCUGGGAAAAUGGGUUUGUUUUCUGGGCUCUUUUUGGGCAUAGCACUCGGCAUCGCUUUAAUGUACGGAUGGCAAUAUAUGAUGAAGUACCGAAGCGCCAAGCGGAUUGCGAAGGCAGUUGAUAUCAAACUCCUCAGAUCGCUUGACAGAGAUGAUAUAAGAAAAAUCUGUGGUGAUAAUGCUCCUGAAUGGAUAUCUUUUCCUGUAUAUGAACAGGUGAAAUGGCUAAACAAGCAGCUGAGCAAACUGUGGCCAUCUGUGGCAGAAGCUGGAUCAAUGGUGAUCAAAGAAUCCGUUGAACCACUACUUGAGGAGUACAGACCUGCUGGAAUUACUUCGUUGAAAUUCAGCAAAUUGUCGCUCGGAAAUGUUGCUCCAAAGAUUGAAGGUAUUCGUGUUCAGAGUCUUAAGAAAGGACAAAUCAUAAUGGACAUUGAUUUCCGAUGGGGAGGUGAUCCCAGCAUUAUUUUGGCUGUUGAAGCUGCACUUGUUGCAUCAAUCCCCAUUCAGUUGAAAGAUCUCCAAGUUUUCACGAUUGUCCGUGUUAUCUUCCAACUUGCUGAAGAAAUACCCUGUAUUUCUGCUGUUGUUGUUGCCCUGCUUGCUGAGCCAAAACCUCGGAUUGAUUACACUCUUAAGGCCAUUGGAGGAAGUUUGACGGCAAUUCCUGGAUUAUCAGAUAUGAUUGAUGAUACUGUGAACUCAAUAGUUACUGAUAUGCUUCAAUGGCCUCAUAGGAUCGUUGUUCCAAUUGGUGGUGUACCUGUUGAUACUAGUGAACUGGAGCUUAAACCUCAGGGAAAUCUUACAGUGAAUGUUGUGAGUGCCAAUGAUUUGAAGAAUAUGGAAAUGAUUGGGAAAUCUGAUCCUUAUGUAGUAGUGCAUAUUCGACCUUUAUUUAAGGUUAAAACCAAGGUUAUUGACAACAACCUGAAUCCUAUUUGGGAUCAGGCUUUUAACUUGAUCGUUGAAGACAAGGAGACUCAGUCACUUAUUCUUGAGGUUUUUGAUAAAGAUAUUGGGCAAGAUAAGAGAUUGGGAAUAGUAAAAUUACCCCUCAUUGAUCUCGAACCAGAAACUCUAAAGGAAAUUGAGUUGAGACUGCUGCCAUCGCUGGACACACUGAAAGUAAAAGAUAAGAAGGACCGAGGAUCAUUGACAAUCAAGGUCUUGUACCAUCAAUAUAAUAAAGAAGAGCAGUUGGAGGCUCUAGAAGCAGAGAAGAAGAUACUAGAAGAAAGGAAAAAGCUGAAAGAGGCAGGAGUUAUAGGAAGCACCAUGGAUGCUAUAGAUGGAGCAGCAUCACUUGUUGGUUCUGGUGUGGGACUGGUUGGUACUGGUGUUCUUGCUGGUGCUGGGCUUGUUGGAAGUGGAAUUGGUGCUGGAGCCGGGCUUGUUGGCAGCGGUGUUGGUGCUGGGGUGGGACUUGUCGGUAGUGGUCUUGGAGCUGUCGGUAGCGGGUUGAGCAAAGCAGGCAGGUUCAUGGGCCGGACUAUCACUGGGGGACAUAGCAGUGCUAGAAGGAGUGGUUCAUCUACUCCAGUCAGUAAUGCACAGGAAAAUGGUGGUGGUGCAAAGCCCCUGUAAUUUUUGCCUGGCCGCUGCGAAAGACUGAAUAGAACUCAAAUUUGUAAACUUUGAUGACAGAUUUCCAAGUUGAUUGAUCUUUUGUUAUAGGAUGUUUUCUCAACGUUGUUCAUGUACUUGAAUGAAAAUUGAUAGAAAGUGCCAAGUGGGGUUUAGUUUUUAGCUGUACCUCCGUUGUCUGUAAUCUUGUCAAACCAGGAUGUGUAACGAAACAUAAGUUGUACAAAUUCCAGAUGCAUUGAAACCAAAGCUGUACAAUAGCAUAAAUUUAUAUUAUACGAAUUAUUGCACUCAACUAUGGGUGCAUGAUAGCAAAUAGAAUCGGACAUUUUCUUCAUACCA